CCAGUGUUGAAACGGGUCACAUCUCUCCAACGACUGACAUUUUCGAAAGAAUGUCGAAGCCAAAAGAGAAUCCGCAAAGAUUAAAGGGACAUCAGCGCAUCAGCGCAAGUUCUUGCUGCGUAAUCCAAAAACUCGUAUUAUACCACCGAUCUAUACGUACAAGUCAAAGAGAUACAAAUUUAAAAAAAGUUAACCUGUAUUGUCCACCGUUUGGACCCAAUUACUACUGAAACAGUCACUGCUACAAGAUCCUUAUACUGUACUACAUAUAGCUGAUUGAUUUCGAUUCCAAGAUGUCGAUGCGCCCGGAUGAUCACCGACGCAAGUGGGACCGCAAGGAGUACGAACGUCUUGCUCAGGAACGGCUGCUUGCCAAAACAUCCACCGCCACCGAAGAUGAACCCGUCAGCAAGGAACUGCUCAAGCAGCGCGAGUACAAGGUUGACUUGGACUCCAAGCUGGGCAAAAGCAUGGUCAUCAACAAGAGUACCCCUUCGUCACAAUCCGGAGGCUAUUACUGCAAUGUGUGCGAUUGCGUGGUCAAAGAUUCGAUUAACUUCCUUGAUCACAUCAACGGCAAGAAGCAUCAGCGCAAUCUCGGCAUGUCGAUGAAGGUGGAACGCAGUUCGCUGGACCAGGUCAAGGAACGGUUCAAGAUCAACAAGAAGAAAACGGAAGAGAAGAAAAAAGACUACGAGCUGGAAAGCCGGGUAAAGGAAGCCAAAGAAGAGGAGGAACGUUACCGGGAAUAUAAGCGCGAAAAGAGGAAAGAACGGAAACGGAAAAUCGAGGAAGUGGAAGAGAGUGUAGCUGGAACGUCCGAAUUGGCCGCUAUUAUGGGAUUCGCUGGGUUUGGCGCCAAAAAGAAAAACUAAUCCAACGCUUGCCGGAGAAAAUGGUAUUAUGUAUUCGAAUUAUUUGACUACAGGUCGCUGUCCACAUUUCGAUUCUCUAAUUCUUCACACGUUAUUUUCAAUGUUGUGCUCAAUUUCCGCAUUUAGUCAAACCUAGGCGAGUAGUGUAACCUGUAGACACUAUAAGAUUAACUUUUCUUUAACACAUUUUAAUCUGCCUAAGUACUACUAAAAGUUUUAGUCUAAAACCUUCACUUUUGGUGCCAAUCACUUUCUAAUGGAUUCCUCCCUUUAUCGAAAUGAGGCGAGUCGACUGAACACGCAAGGUUAGAAGAUGAAAGCAGCUGAUAACAAUCACUCUGAAAAAAAUCUGUUCGAUCAAUCAUCUCCAGCGCCACCAAACUGCGUAUUCCAGAUAAAAACGCAACCAAAAAACACAUUAUGCAUUGAACCGUAUAAGAUUUUUUGUGGAUGUUCGUUCCGGCCACAGGAUUUAACUCUACACGAUGUAUGAAAGGUCCUAUUAACAGGUAGAGCAACAACACAAUUAAAACUGAAACAGCUGAAUUUCUAAGUGUUUUCACUUAAGUUUAUCUUUAGAAUGCCUAUAACCUAUGAUGACAAAUGCGCGCUAUAGGUAAAUAUAUUAAAUUUAUUAUGCAACUAUCCA